AUGGCUCAAUUAUUUCUCAUUCUCUGCUUCAUUCUAACCCAUUUCAUUUCCAUUGCUACUUCUCUAAACGAUCAAGGUCUUGCUCUUCUUUCCUUUAAGCAAUCCUUAGAAAACCCUAAAGACUCUGUUUUUACCAAUUGGAACUCUUCAGAUCCAAACCCUUGUUCUUGGCAAGGUAUUACAUGUAAUGAUGAUCUGAGAGUUGUCUCCAUUCGCCUUCCAAACAACCGCCUUUCAGGUUCUCUUCAUCCUUCUAUUGGAACCCUCUUGUCCCUUCGUCACGUUAACCUCAGAGACAAUGACUUUCAAGGGAAGUUACCUGUUGAGCUCUUUGCACCAAAAGGGCUUCAAAGCUUGGUGCUUUCUGGAAACUCUUUUUCCGGGUCGGUUCCUGAAGAGAUAGGGACGUUGAAGAGUCUAAUAACUUUGGAUCUUUCAGAAAAUUCUUUCAACGGAUCAAUCCCUUUGUCGGUUAUUCGAUGCAAGAAGCUAAAAACGCUUGUUCUAAGCAACAAUGGUUUCUCUAAAGAUCUUCCAACCGGGUUCGGUUCUAACUUGGUUCAUCUUCAGACAUUGAAUCUUUCUUUCAAUGGCUUCACUGGAUCAAUCCCUGAAGAUGUAGGAAGUCUAAGGAAUCUGAAAGGUACUCUUGAUCUUUCUCAUAACCUCUUCUCAGGUAUGAUUCCAACAAGUCUUGGAGAUCUCUCGGAGCUUCUCUACAUCGAUCUUUCUUACAACAAUCUCACCGGUCCGAUACCGAAGUCCAACGUUCUGUUGAACGCCGGUCCAAAUGCUUUUCAAGGAAACCCUUUCCUCUGUGGAUUACCCUUAAAGGUUUCUUGCUCCACAAGAAACACACAAAUAGUUCCUUCUCAACUAUAUUCAAGAAAAGCCAGCAAUCAUUCUAGCUUCUGCAUCAUCCUUAUAGCCACCGCAUGCACACUCGCCGGAAUCAUCUUUCUUGCUUCGUUAUUCAUCUACUAUCUCCGGAAAGCAUCAUCUCGUGCUGACAAAGAUCAAACAUGUCAUCAAGAGAAGAAGGUAAAGCAUGAGUUUCUCUGUUUCAAGACUGGAAACUCAGACUCCGAAGCACAAGAUGAGAACAAACCCCAACAGGUGUUCAUGCCAAUGGAUCCAGAGAUCGAGUUCGACCUAGAUCAGCUUCUGAAAGCUUCAGCCUUUCUUCUAGGGAAGAGCAGGAUCGGGAUUGUCUACAAGGUUGUUCUUGAAAACGGUUUAAUGUUAGCCGUUAGAAGAUUAGAAGACAAAGGUUGGUUAAGGCUCAAAGAGUUUCUUGCUGAUGUUGAAGCAAUGGCGAAAAUCAAACACCCUAACGUCUUGAAUCUCCAAGCUUGUUGUUGGUCUCAAGAAGAGAAGCUUUUGAUCUACGAUUACAUACCAAAUGGAGAUCUCGGUUCUGCAAUUCAAGGAAGACCGGGUAGCUUGUCCUGCAAGCAACUAACAUGGCCGGUCCGGUUAAAGAUAUUGAGAGGAAUCGCGAAAGGAUUGGCUUAUAUUCACGAGUUUAGUCCCAAAAGAUACGUCCAUGGACAUAUAAACUCAAGCAACAUACUUCUUGGACCGAAUCUUGAACCGAAAAUUUCCGGUUUCGGUUUAGGCCGCAUUGUCGACAUGUCUUCUUCAGAGAUCAGAUCGGAUCAGAUCUCUCCGAUGGUGGAAACAAGUUCACCAAUCGUCUCAAGAGAAUCGUAUUACCAAGCUCCUGAAGCUUCCAAGAUGAGUAAACCGUCGCAGAAAUGGGACGUGUAUUCAUUCGGUUUAGUGGUACUCGAAAUGGUAACCGGGAAAUCUCCGGUUUUGCAGACGAAUAGUUCGGAGACGGAUUUGGUUAUGUGGAUUGCAUCGGCGUGUGAGAGGAAUAAACCAGUUUGGUAUGUUCUUGAUCCGGUUUUAGUUCGAGAUAGAGAUAUGGAGGAGAGUAUGGUUCAAGUGAUUAAAAUCGGUUUAGCUUGUGUGCACAAGAUCCCAGACAAAAGACCGUUCAUGAGAAGUGUCUUAGAGAGCUUCGAAAAAUUGGUAUCUUCGAUUUGA